AUGGGCACGGAACUUGUGCGUUGUGGCGUUGAAGAUGUUGACAAGCACAAGCUGUGGUCGGCAUUGGCCAAUGUUGAGUUCCCUGAUUCUGUAGUGCAAGCCCACAAGAAUUUUAUCAACGCUGGAGCCGAUAUCAUCAUCACAAAUACUUAUCAAUCGAACCAGCCACUGCUCAUGAGUGAGCUGAAGAUAUCAAGAGAGGAAGCAGACAACCUGCUUCUAAAAACUCUUGAUCUUGCUCGUGAAGCAGCAGGGCCGGGCACAAUCGUUGCGGGAUCAAUUGGACCCUAUCCGGACUGCCCAGCUUCCGAAUACAACCCGGAGUAUUUGAAAAGGAUUAGUUUCGAGGAGCUUUACGAGUGGCAUCGCCCGAGAUUCGAGAUCUUGGCAAAGGAGAGUUUUAUAUUGCAGAAUUCAGAUCUUCUUGACCCUGAAUAA